GGCCAUGGCGGAUAUAACUCUUUCCAACGGGGUUGUGUGCCCGAACAUUGCACCAAGCCCGAGAGUGAAUUCCAGAAAACGCCGCUACCGAGGAACGAAAACUCAACCAGGAUAAAUUCUCGAAUUUGUGCCGGCUGCGAAUGACUACGGGACAAUGAGCCAGGUCGCACGGCCGAGGGUUCAAUCAAGCCAGACUGGAUACCGACAUGCUGGUCUGGCCGACCCUCUGACUGGCGCCACACCUUCCUCGACAGGCUGUGUAUGAGCGGAAUGUUGGGAGCUUCGUAUGCUUCGGGCCUGACGGGUGGCUAGGGCCAAUUGCCUGACACAGGGGUCUUCGGGGACAAUUGCCGAGAUGCAGCGAAAUAGGGAUCCCAAUAUAGCGAGGUUGACCCCUCCUCGUCAACCUCCUUUUGGCCCAGGCCAAGCCCGAUGUUAUCUGCGAUCGUGGACUUUCCGUCCAGCCUGUCGAGUACCGAAACAAGGACCUCGGGUUCUGGUUGGUGGGAAGUUCGGCAUCCUGCCUCGGAAAAUCCCCCGGACCAAAUCCCUCCACCCAACCCCCUGGGAUAGCCAUCUCGAAUCGGGUGGGUUCUGCGGUGCAAUUGGCAGGCAAUGGUGGGGUAUCACCGCGGGGCAGCGCGGCACGAUACCUCGACCUAUGUGUAUGGAGGAGAGGAGUACGGGUUGGUGGAUGAGAGGAUAUGACGGACAAAGAUGCCGAUUCAGCAGUAUUGUGGCAGAGAAGGCAACGGUUCAGACAACGAAUUCGUCAUGUGAACAUCUUUUCUGCGGCCAUACAGCAUCUCGUUUGACCGGGCAGCUGGGUGCGAGAGAAGCCAUCAUCACGUCUUUGCAGGAAUAAGCAGGACACCUCCCCCCUUCUCACCUGGUCUUUCAACACACGUCUAGCCUUGGGCAAGGGUCUCGGCCACCCGCAUACUUCUCGCAUGGAAUGGUAUUGCGGC